AUGAAAUCCAUUGUUUUUAUAGUGCUUUUGUGUUUCUUAUCUGAGUGCUGCUUAGGAAGUGAAAAAGAUGAUAUAGGUGAUCCCAUUGUAAAUGUAAGAGAGGGCAAACUAAGAGGGACUGUAGCUACUCUUUUGGACGGAUCCAAAUACUACAGUUUUAAAGGCGUUCCUUACGCACUAGCACCACUUGGUGAACUGAGGUUCCAGGCUCCUCUAGCACCAAAACCAUGGAAAGGAAUUCGCAACGCAACUGAACAUGGACCCGUUUGCACCCAGUACGACUUAUCCAUAUCACAAAUCGUAGAAGGCAGUGAAGACUGUCUAUUCGUAAACAUCUACACAAAGUCUUUACGCUGUGAUGCAAAGAUUCCAGUCAUGGUGUUCAUUCAUGGUGGAAGUUACAGUUUUAACUCGGGCAAUUCCCAAACGUUCAGUCCGGACUUACUACUGCCACAUAACGUCAUAUUGGUGACGAUGAACUAUCGUCUGGAGUUAUUGGGGUACCUAUCUUUAGACACGCCUGAGGUUCCAGGUAAUGCUGGAAUGAAAGACCAAGUCGCUGCUCUCCGUUGGAUUAAAAAUAAUAUAGCGCAAUUUGGUGGAAAUCCCAACAGUAUAACAAUUUUCGGAGAAAGUUCGGGUGCAAGCUCAGUCACUUCUCAUUUACUCUCCCCGAUGUCCAAAGGUUUGUUCAACAGAGCGAUUGCGGAAAGUGGCACGUGUAUUCAAGACUGGGCCAACGACAGGAAUGCUAAGGAAAGAGCUUUUAGAGCAGGAAAACUUUUAGGCAAAGAAACGAACGAUACAAAUGAAUUGUUACAAUUUUUGCGCGGGCUCAAACCAACUCUCCUUACCAACCUUGCCCAAAAAACUAUGACAACGGAAGAAACUUACAGAGGGUUACCUGAUUAUUUCGUUCCAGUUGUAGAGAAGAAAUUCAAAAGCGUCAAGGCUUUUAUAGAUGAAGAACCUGUGAAUUUACUUGCUAAAGGUAAAACAAAUAAGGUGCCACUUAUGAUAGGUUACAAUUCAGCUGAAGGUUUAGCGUUGAUCUCUUUCCUCCUGCCAAAACUUGACUUUUAUAAUGAGAAUCCAUCCUAUCAUAUCCAAAGAGAGAUAGCAGAAAAGGUAUCAAAUGAAAAGCUGAAAGAAUUUGGAGAUAGGGUGAAACAAAUUUAUUUGAACAACAAAAACCUAACGAAAGACGAUCCGCAAACAAUCGAACGUAUUGGUAGUGAUAUACAUUUCUUUUACAAUACUCAUCGUUUCGCUCACCUAUAUAGUGCGUCGGGUCAACCUGUAUACAUGUAUAGGUUUAAUUAUGACACCGACUUAAACAUUCUAAAGAAGUUCUCAGGGUUUUCGGGAUUGAAAGGUGCGAGCCAUGGAGAUGAACUCUUUUACUUGUUUUACAACUUUUUAAAUAAGAAACCAUAUAACGAACAAAGGAAACUUAGAGAAAUUGCGCUUAAAGUCACUACUUUAUGGACUAAUUUCGCUAAAACUGGGGAUCCAACCCCAGACAACAGCUUGGAAACAAAAUGGCUUCAUUAUACGAGAUGUGGAAAAGAAUACUUGAAGGUAGAAGAUAACAUGUCGGUUGGGAACUACGCCAACGGAGAGCGAAUGCGUUUUUGGAACGAACUGUAUAAAGAAUCGGCCGUGCCUCAUAUUGUUGACGAUUGUUAA